UAUAGUUACUUGUCCAUGCAUUUGAUUGUUUUUGGUGAACAAAAAUUUCUAUUCUACUCCAUUCACAGAUUUACAUCAUCUCUUGCACUUCCACUCGUUCAUUCACACAUAAAAAGGACAAAGAAAGCAACUUGGGAACUGUCAAUAAAUGGAUGGUGGAAUAUCAACUCCAUAAAAGCGUGGUUCACUUCUCGGCCAGUUCCAUUUCUUCCACUUCACUUCGUUUCUUGAAUCAUCGGAAAACCCGAGUACCGAUUCAAACCCCAGAGAGUAAGAAAUGAAGAUUGGUGGAGAUACAGAAUAGAAGAGGUGAUCCAAUUUUGACAUUGGAUUUUGUUGCAAAACAUGUCAUCAUCUUCUUGGAUUACCACGCUUUCCUGCUCUGCAUCUGUGGUGCAAUCAUCAAACAGCUCAGCUUCUGCUGCUAUUCAAUGGCUAAGAUUCAUUUUCCUCUCCCCAUGCCCUCAAAGAGUGCUUUUAUCUUCUGUGGACAUUCUUUUCUUGGUUGUUAUGCUGGGAUUUGCUAUUCAGAAGCUGUGUUCAAGGUUCAAUUCAAACGGGCAUCGACGUUCGGAGAUUAAUGAUCCUCUGAUUGGUAACAAGAGGGAACUUGUUAUAACCAGUUACUGGUUUAAGCUUACUCUCACGGUGACUGGAGUUGUAGCGGCCUUGUCGACUGUUUUAUGCAUUCUGGCUUUUGUCGGGACUGCUGAGUUUCCAUGGAAUACUGUAGAUGGUUUGUACUGGUUGUUUCAGGCAAUUACUAAUGCAGUGAUUGCUGUACUGAUUGUUCAUGAGAAGAGAUUUAAAGCAACAAUACAUCCAUUGACUCUUCGAAUUUAUUGGAUUAUGGAGUUUGUUGUUUUAGCUUUGUUCUUCACUUCAGGGCUUGUACGUUUGAUAUCUUUUCAAGAAGCUGGCGUUGAGUUGAGAUUGGUUGACAUUGGUUCAAUCAUCGUGUUCGCUUUGUGGAUUGUUCUACUUGUUGCUGCAAUUAAAGGGACCACUGGGGUUCAAGUCGUAGGGAACUCUGAAGCAGUGAUGGAUUCAGAGACCAUUUAUGAAUCUCUUUUGGAUAAAUCCAAUGUGACUGGAUAUGCUUCAGCCUCUAUUAUUUCUAAAGCGUUUUGGUUUUGGAUGAAUCCCCUUCUGAAGAAAGGUUACAAUUCGCCCCUCAAGACCGAAGAUGUGCCUUCCCUUUCACCGGAGCACAGAGCGGAAAGAAUGUCGCAGCUAUUCCAGAAUAAUUGGCCUAAGCCUGAGGAAAACUCAAAGCACCCUGUUGUGAAAACAUUAGUCCGAUGUUUCUGGAAGCAGCUUGCUUUCACUGCUUUUCUUGCGAUUGUGAGGUUGUCUGUCUUGUACGUUGGGCCGACGCUAAUCCAACGGUUUGUUAAUUUUACAUCCGGAGAGAGGAGUUCACUUUACGAGGGAUACUACCUUGUGCUGAUUCUGUUGGUGGCCAAAUUUGUCGAAGUUUUGAGCUCCCACCAAUUUAACUUCCACACGCAGAAACUUGGAAUGCUUAUUCGUUCCACUCUCAUUACGUCCUUGUAUAAAAAGGGGCUAAGGCUAUCUGGCUCAGCUAGGCAAGCUCAUGGAGUCGGGCAAAUUGUGAACUACAUGGCCGUGGAUGCUCAACAGCUCUCUGAUAUGAUGUUGCAGCUACAUUUCUUAUGGCUUAUGCCGUUGCAGAUUAUUGUGGCUUUAGUUAUCCUUUACCAGUAUCUCGGAAGUUCCACACUUGCAGCUUUCGCCGGACUUGCAUUAGUAAUCGCGUUUGUGGCUUUUCGUACAAAGAAAAACAACAGAUACCAGUUUAACAUCAUGAAGAACCGUGAUUCAAGAAUGAAAGCAACAAAUGAGAUGCUUAGCUACAUGCGGGUAAUCAAGUUCCAGGCUUGGGAAGAACACUUCAACAAGAGAAUUCAAUCAUUCCGUGAAACAGAAUACGGAUGGUUGACCAAAUUCAUGUAUUCGGUGUCUGCAAAUAUCAUAGUGCUGUGGAGCACGCCUGCUCUUAUUGCUACAAUUACAUUUGGAAGCGCCAUCCUGUUUCGUUUCCCUCUUUCUGUCGCUUCGGUCUUCACGGCAACCUCACUGUUAAAGAUGUUGCAGGAGCCGAUAAGGACUUUCCCGCAGUCGAUGAUCUCACUUUCACAGGCAAUAAUAUCUCUUGAGAGGCUGGAUAGAUUCAUGACUAGCAAAGAGUUGGUGGAUAAUUCGGUGGAGCGGGUUGUAGGCUGUGACGGAGACACUGCUGUGGAAGUAAAAGAUGGGAGUUUUAGCUGGGACGAUGAAAAUGAUGAAGAAGUAUUGAAAAACUUGAACUUUGAGAUAAGGAAAGGGGAACUUGCAGCAAUAGUCGGGACUGUAGGAUCAGGGAAGUCUUCCCUUCUGGCAGCAAUUCUUGGUGAGAUGAAGAAAUUAUCAGGAAAGGUCAGAGUAUGUGGUAGCACUGCCUACGUUGCCCAAACAUCAUGGAUUCAGAACGGAACCAUACAAGAAAAUGUACUGUUUGGUUUGCCGAUGAACAGAGAGAAAUACAAAGAAGUUAUCAGGGUUUGCUGUUUGGAGAAAGACUUGGAAAUGAUGGAGUUUGGGGAUCAAACUGAGAUUGGGGAGCGUGGUAUCAACCUCAGUGGUGGCCAGAAGCAGAGAAUUCAACUCGCAAGAGCAGUUUAUCAGGAUUGUGAUAUUUAUCUACUCGAUGAUGUGUUUAGUGCUGUUGAUGCUCACACUGGAUCAGAAAUAUUCAAGGAAUGUGUUAGAGGAGUUCUCAGAGACAAGACAAUUAUGCUUGUUACCCACCAAGUUGACUUCUUGCAUAAUGUGGAUCAGAUCCUAGUCAUGAGAGAAGGGAUGAUUGUUCAAUCUGGGAAGUACAAUAGCCUACUCGAUUCUGGCAUGGAUUUCAAAGCUUUAGUAACGGCCCACGAAGCUUCUAUGGAACUCGUCGAUGUUGAGACAGCAGAGAACAAAACUUCCCCGACUAUAUCUACUCAAAAAUCUUUUAAACGGGGAGAGGAAAAUGGUGAAAAUAAUUCUCAAGAAAGAUCCGAGCCUAACAGGGGAAGUUCUAAGCUUAUUAAGGAAGAGCAAAGAGAAACAGGGAAAGUCAGCUUGAGUGUUUACAAGUUAUAUUGCACCGAGUCUUUUGGAUGGUUUGGCGUAGUGGCUAUUAUGUUCUUCUCCCUUGCAUGGCAAGGGACUUUAAUGUCGAGUGACUAUUGGUUGGCAUAUGAAACUUCAGAAAAACGUGCAGCUUCGUUCAACCCUUCGCUGUUCAUCGAAGUAUAUGCCAUCAUUUCAGUAGUUGCCUUUGUACUAGUUCUUAUAAGAACCAUUUUAGCUGCAGUUAUGGGACUAAAGACCUCUCAGAUUUUUUUUGGACAAAUUCUCCACAGCAUUCUGCAUGCUCCUAUGUCGUUCUUCGAUACCACGCCUUCAGGAAGAAUUCUAACUCGGGCAUCAACUGAUCAGACAAAUGUCGAUAUCUUGAUUCCUUUCUUUAUGAGCAUUACUGUCUCAAUGUACAUUACUCUGCUGAGCAUUAUCAUUAUCACAUGCCAAUAUGCUUGGCCGACCGUGAUCCUCUUGAUUCCGCUUGGUUGGCUUAAUGUCUGGUAUCGGGGGUAUUAUCUUUCUACAUCCCGUGAAUUGACCCGAUUAGAUUCCAUCACAAAGGCACCCGUUAUUCAUCAUUUCUCGGAGAGCAUCACAGGAGUUAUGACAAUUCGAUGUUUCAGGAAGCAAGAAAGUUUCUCCCAGGAGAAUGUGAAUCGUGUAAACGCAAAUCUGCGCAUGGAUUUCCACAAUAAUGGAUCCAAUGAGUGGUUGGGAUUUCGUCUAGAAUUAAUCGGAAGCUUCAUCCUCUGCAUGUCUGCGAUGUUUAUGAUAGUUUUACCUAGCAAUAUCAUCAAACCAGAGAAUGUUGGAUUAGCUCUCUCAUAUGGAUUGUCCCUCAAUUCUGUGCUAUACUGGGCCAUAUACAUGAGCUGCUUUUUGGAAAAUAAGAUGGUUUCCGUCGAGAGGAUAAAACAGUUCACAGUGAUACCAUCUGAAGCAGAAUGGAGGAAAAAGGACUUCCUUCCUCCGCCUAAUUGGCCGACCCAUGGAAACGUUGAGCUGAAAAAUUUGCAGGUUAGAUACCGUCCGGAUACUCCUCUAGUUCUUAAAGGGAUUACUCUCAGCAUAACCGGGGGUAAGAAGAUUGGUGUUGUUGGUCGUACAGGUGGUGGGAAAUCAACUCUGAUCCAGGUUUUGUUUAGACUGGUGGAGCCCUCAGGAGGAAAGAUAAUCAUCGAUGGGAUUGAUAUUUCAGCAUUAGGCCUUCACGAUCUCAGGUCUCGCUUUGGCAUCAUUCCUCAAGAGCCUGUUCUCUUUGAAGGAACGGUGCGAAGCAACAUUGACCCCACUGGUCUGUACUCAGACGACGAAAUAUGGAAGAGCUUGGAGCGAUGCCAACUUAAGGACGUAGUGGCAGCAAAACCGGGGAAACUCGACUCAGCUGUGAUUGAUAAUGGUGAUAACUGGAGCGUGGGCCAGAGGCAGCUUCUGUGUUUAGGAAGAGUAAUGCUGAAAAGAAGCCGACUUUUGUUUUUGGACGAAGCAACUGCAUCGGUUGAUUCAUAUACCGAUGGAGUGAUCCAGAAAAUCAUAAGGGAGGACUGUGCAGCCUGCACUAUUAUAAGCAUUGCCCACAGGAUACCGACGGUGAUGGACUGUGACAGAGUGUUGGUCAUAGAUGCAGGAAGGGCAAAAGAAUUCGACAGCCCAUCUCACUUGCUCGAGAGGCCCUCCCUCUUCGGGGCAUUGGUUCAGGAGUACGCCAACCGAUCAUCAGAACUUUGAGCGGAGCAGUCAUUCUGUUGGACAAACCAAAACAUAUGAGGCAUUUUGUAAACUUGACAUAGUAAUGUCAUGAUAAAUUCCCAUCAAUCAUAAUGUUCUGAUGGCAUAAUUGGCCUUAUUCUUUGGAGGGAGGAAGAAGGGUUUGCAAGAUAAACCUGCGGCGUCCUGAAAAGGAUAGGUGGAGUCGAGGUUGUAAUAGUUCAAUAAGUAGAAAAUAAGCUCCAAAAUUUGUAUUGGAAUUACAAGAUAUUUGUAGUUCAUAAUUCUUGAUAUGUGCUAUAGAUCAUUAACAGUAGUUGAAUGAUUUCUUGCAUGCUGAUCUUAA